AUGUGUCGGCCAACUUCAAGAGUCUUAGGCCUGGCAAAACCCAAGAAACUAGAUGCAAAUCUCCCGCGCAGGUUUGUCAUUCUUACUUUCCCUCAUUUAAAAGCGUACAGGAGCUGAGUGGGUUCAGGCCAAAAUCAAGGAUUGUACUUCUGAUUCCCUGCGGAGCUUUGGAUUUGUGCUUCCUGAACAGCAGCUUCCCAUGCUGUUCAUGGCAAGCCUCUUUUGAAACCAAGCGGAAAGGUUUGGGAGGAAUAAUAUAUCAUAAUCAUAAUAAUUUAUUAUUUAUACCCCGCCCACCUGGCUGGGUUUCCUCAGCCACUCUGGGCGGCUCCCAACCGAAUAUUAAAAACACAACACAGAAUUAAACAUUAAAAGCUUCCCUAAACAGGGCUGCCUUCAGAUGUCUUUUGAAAGUAAGAUAGUUGCUUAUUGCCUUGACAUCUGGUGGGAGGGUGUUCCACAGGGCAGGCGCCACUACCGAGAAGGCCCUCUGCCUGGUUCCCUGUAACCUCACUUCUCACAGUGAGGGAAUCACCAGAAGGCCCUCGGAGCUGGCCCUCAGUGGAAGGGUGGGAUAUGAAUUAUUAUUGUUGUUGUUGUUGUUGUUGUUAUAAUUUACCUUGCUAUAUGGCAUAUUAGACUGCUCAGCAAAGAAGCAAAGCUAUACGUUUAAGGCAGAUGUGGGGAAACGUGGGACCACAGCUGAACUACAAGUCCCAUCUGCCCCAGCAAAUAUAGUCAAUGGCCAGGGAUGAUGGGAAUUGUAGUUCAGCACCGUCUGGAACACCAAAGGUUCCCCACACACGAUUUAAUGGCUUCCAUUUGGGACGGUGCAGACUUUGAAAUGCGUCUGUGAUGCCGUGAGACAAGGAGGCUGCUAUAUCUCCUCCCGCUUAUUCCCUGCGCUGAGGCCUUCUCUCCUCUCCAGCACCCGCUGUGACAAGCAGGACUCUAGGUGUGCCGCACGGCAGAUGGUGUGGGAGACAGACAAUACGCUGUGGGUGUCAGUAGGCCUUUGAGCCGAUGCCGACAACUGGGCUCAAUAGCUGGAUCUGCCACAACUAGGCUAGGCGACUGGAGCACUUCCAGAGACCUUCCAGUCCUGGAAAUCAGGUCUAAGUGCCCUGGACCCACAACUGUCCAUUGUGAGCACCAGACUCAGCAGAGUAUGAACAGCACGGAAGAAAGCUGUGAAGUGUUAAGUUGUGGGUGAACAUAUCAGACGACACAGCGAUUCUUCAAACAGCUCUUGUUUAUUCACAGGCCAGGACAGAACAGAACUGAAGGGUUCAGUCAGCCUGAUUAUAUAGAGCUCCAGUCCAACGUAACUGUAACAACUUUCUAAAACUAUCCAAUCACUGAACCUCACUUUCGAUCCCUUAUUUGCAUAACUAUCUACAGUAUCCCCCUGCUGGCCCAGGGUGAGAACUUCAGUACAUAACAUGAAGCAUAACUUCUUUUAUUUCUAAUAGCUACUGCAAACUAAAAACUAAAGAGCUACUGGCUUGCAUGAGUGUUACAUCUCUUACUCAGCCAUCUAAUCUCUACAUAGAUAACACUCAGACUCCCCACAGAGUCAGGCAGGAGCGGAAGAAGUGAAGAGCAGUUUCCGCUCCCUCCUUUCUGAAAACAUCAGGAGAUUCUUGCAAUGGGAAGGGGUGAAAAUAUCAACAGUGGGGAGAUGGGUAGCAGAAAGCCACAGCAGCUGGCAACCCACACCACAUCGCUGGCAAUAAGUGGUGCUGCUGUUUUUGGUGUUGCUUCUGAGCUUGGAUACGGUGCUCCAAGACGGUACCUGCAGUGGCGAAGGAAGCCGCUUGGGCACCUGGGGCGAACUGCCCAUAGGGGUGAGGCGAGGGUGGGGCGCACUGUGCGGCCUCCAGAGUCUGCCUGCCUCCUCCCACUCAGCCGCCCUACAGCUGUGGGGGGAGGCAGCGGGCGGACUGUUUGGGCAGCGCGGAGCCUGCAUGCGCCCAAGCCACCGCCUCUCUCCCAGGAAAGAUGCGUGGCUCAAGCACGCUGCAGGCCACGUGGUGAGUGUCGCCCAACAUUUUGUCACCCCCCUCAGUGGUGACACCCAGGGUGGCCCGCACCCGCCGCAACCCCCUUCCUCCACCCCUGCGUACCUGUAUCAGAGAAGUGAGGUUACAGGGAACCAGACAGAGGGCCUUCUCGGUAGUGGCGCCAGCCCUGUGGAACGCCCUCCCUUCAGAUGUGAAGGAAAUAAGCAGCUAUCUUAUCUUUAAAAGACAUCUUAGGGAAGUUUUUAAUAUUUAAUGCUGUACUGUUUUUAACACUCGAUUGGAAUCCGCCCAGAGUGGCUGGGGAAACUCAGCCAGAUGGGCGGAGUAUAAAUAAUUUAUUAUUAUUAUUAUUAUUAUUAUUAUUAUUAUUAUUACUGUCUUCAUGACAAUGUCCUCUUGCCAGUGCCUUAGAAUUCCCAGGAUUCUGUGGGGGAAGUCCUAACAGUGAUAGAACCCUCCCAAUAUAUAUUUUGUAAUGAAGACAUGCCCAAAAUUGGCCAUUGCUUUCCCCAAGUGUUGGCCUCCUAUUAAUAUCACCUUACGGCGCUGCAAAGGUGUCUCUCUAGGUGAAGUGAAGAAAGUCCGGCAUGAAUAAUUAUUCACGGCGUAAGUAAUAAUAAGGGCAUUCAAUAUUAAUUUUGGUUCUCCGUCAACAACUGGCAGGCAGAAGGGAGAGAUCGUGGAAAGGGUGUCGCCAUUAUUCUCGGUUGCCAAGAGAUCUGACUCACCAAGCAAGCAGCUGUUUGUGCUGGAAUUGCAGGAUGUUUUAAUUUGAAUUCCAGGCCCAACAUUGGGGCACUUUUGACUGCCAGCUCCUCAGGCACAGUGGAACAAUUCAUGGAAUGAUUUAAGCACAGUCUAUAUAGUGCUGUGGGUUAAACCACAGAGCCUAGGACUUGCCGAUCAGAAGGUUGGCAGUUCAAAUCCCUGUGACGGGGUGAGCUCCGGUUGUUCGGUCCCUGCUCCUGCCAACCUAGGAGUUCGAAAGCACGUCAAAGUGCAAGUAGAUAAAUAGGUACCACUCCGGCGGGAAGGUAAACGGUGUUUCCGUGCGCUGCUCUGGUUCGCCAGGAGCGGCUUAGUCCUGCUGGUCACAUGACCCGGAAGCUGUACGCUGGCUACCUUGGCUAGUAAAGCGAGAUGAGCGCUGCAACCCCAGGGUCGGCCACAACUGGACCUAACGGUCAGGGGUCCCUUUACCUUUAUAUAGUGCAUAUUUCAUGCCUUUGACUUGCCCCCUAGAUUCCUGUUUGGGGCAAGAAAUAUCAGCUACAACUGAAUGUGUGCAUACAGCACUAGUGUUGUCAUAUCAAUGACAAUGUGUGUGUGUGUUGCCUUUCAGAGGGAUACAGAAGUAGUGCGGAAUACGCUGAUGGCACAGAAUUCAGCUUCCUAAUAAUCUCACUCCCCCCCCCCCCAAGAAAAUUUCUAGCCAAGAUGGCUAUAUGAUUUUUCAAUGCAUAGGACAGUGAUGGGGAACCUGUUCCACUCCGGAGGUUGCAAAGUAAGGGUUUUGGGGAGUUUGCAGGCAGGCACAGACCAUACAAUACCUGUUUGGAUGAAAUGACAAAUAAUGGGUUGCUGCAAACCAGAACUGGAGUUAGGAAAUCACUGCAAUGAGAGGAGGAAGGAGAAUGAGGGAACACAGAAGUCCAAGGUCCCUUGUGGCUUCUUAAUACAGUGCCCGCCAGUUUGGCACUAUAUUUGAGCAGAGGUCCCUUUAAAAGCAGCCUUUAAUAAAUUGCCACGAUUCCCUUUUAAGAGGUUGUGUGUCUUUAAUACAUCUGUAUUAAACUUGGAUAUUCUUUUAAAUCAAUACACUUUUUUUAAAAAAGUGGAAUUUUGUUUGUUUGUUAAAAUAACCAUUUAAACUCCCCCCCCCCCCAAAAAUUAUUUUUUAAAAAAUCUACAAUGAUGGAAUGGAGAAGGCUAGCCUAGAACCCUUCUCUUUCUGGAUGGUGCAGUUGUUCAUAUUAAUCAUAUGAAGAAGCCCUGGGCUCCUUUGGGGGGAGAGGGGAAGUGGGAUAUAAAUAUAAUAAAGAAAUAAAAUAAAGAAACCACGACGUAGAACCAGGAUGAAUAAAAUAAGGUGGAACUCACACUUUUGACUUGCUGUUUGAAUUAAUGCCAAGCUCUGCCUCACCUCCACUGACGCCUUGCGGUUUUUCCAAGGUCCAUCCAUUUGUAUAGUUGCGGCCGUUCGUCUGAGAUCUGGCACCGCCCUCCUGGAUUAUAUUCUAUAAUCCCGAGCCAACGGAUAUUACACCUGGCAGAACCUAGAAGAUGCGCAGAAAUGUACCUGAAAAAAAGGUGAGAGACUCGUGCUGCCAGCUGUGUUGAUUGCUGGGCUGCCUGUAGGUUUCCAAAACUGAACUUGUAGAGGAUCAGCUUUCCAAGGAAGGGGGAACGGUUUUCUUAAAGUGUGUGCUGAGAUUUGAAAACAAAGCCAAUUCGCACUAGCCACCACAGAAAUGUGGGGGUUGCCUUCAGGAUGGUGUGGUCCCACAACACACCUGCAGAGUGUUUAGGAGGGAACCAUGUUGGAGUGGCCAUUGAUUGGGUUGCUCCUCACACGAAUUGCAGUCUUCUUCCCAGGCAGGCAGUGUUUACAUGGGAGGAAACUAUAUACCGUAUUUUUCGCUCUAUAACACGCACCCGACCAUAACACGCACGUAGUUUUUAGAGGAGGAAAAUCCGUAGGCAUGCCACCCGUAGGCAUUCCCUCCAUAACACGCACAGACAUUUCCCCUUACUUUUUAGGAGGAAAAAAGUGAGUGUUAUGGUGCAAAAAAUACGGUAAAUGUCCCAUUUACACCACAGUAGUAGCUGCCAUGACAUCCGUGGAAGGUUGAUCUGUGCCUGGAGAGCUAGUCUUCCUAGCUGUUCUAACUUGCUGUCAGUUCCCAGGCAUCAGAAGCCCAUAUGCACAGCCUUCGUAGCACCUCAAGAGUGCAGCUCUCAAAGAAAACAUCAUGUGUCUGAAAAUGGGUAGAGGAAGGGCUAUAUUUUCACUGAUCCCGACUCACAGUAUGUUGACGUUAGCUGCUCAUCUCUCCCUGCUGCACUUCAAACUGCAGUCGUUCAGUGUUGUUCACAUCAGAGAAAGGGCAAGGAUGCAGCGGUGGAACAAGUCAAUCGGGCACCUGCGGUGGCGCGCAUGCCCUGCAGCCAAGGGCAGGGCCAGCUGCCUGUGGGGUGGGGUGAGCCGGGGCUGGACGCUUCGCGGGGUCUCUGAGGAGUCUGCCUACCUCCUCCCACUUGGCCGCCCUACAGCUAAGGGGGAGGCGGUGGGCAGACUGUUUGGGGCAGCGCAGAGCCUGCGGGUGCCCAAACCACCGCGUCAAUCCCAGGAGAGACGUGUGGCUCGGACUCGUUGCAGGCCGUGCAGUGAGUGCUGCCUGGGAUUUUGUCACCCCCCUCAGUGGUGACACCCAGGGCGGACUGCCCCCACCGCCCUCCUUCCUCCGCCCCUGCAGGGAUGUUGUCACCGUGAUGCACACAGGCAUUUUUGGUUUCCCUACCCCUGCAAACAGCAAAUCGCCGCUCGGACUUCCUACUCGUGAAGCUCUCAUCUGUGCAUUUUCUAAUGAGAUUGAAGAUGGUUUGAAGUGGGGGGGGGGAGGAGCAUCAUCAAACAGCAGUAUUUGUCAAGAAGCGACAGGAUCAAUAGAGACCACAUUAGACAAGCGUUUCAAAAAGCACGGGGGGAAAUGCAGAGAAUACUUCACAAAACAGUGCCCUAAAAUACAUACCUGGACUUGUUUCGAUUAAUGUCUGCAGGAGACUUUGUGGGUAUAUAAGUUAUAAUUAGAAAAAUCUUAAUAAUUAUUCAUAAAGGAAACAGUUUAUAAGAAGUAAAUAAGGAGGCCAGAUACAGGGUAAAGCAGGUCUUUUAUUUGGUUGUUUGUAUUGUUGUAUGUUAUGCUUAUUGUAUGUUAUGUUCACAUUUAAUGAGGGUGGAUUUCUGUAUCGGGGGGUGUGGGUUUAUGUUAUGUUGUAAAUAAAACUUCCAAUAUAUAUAUUUUAAAAAAGGAUCAAUAGAGAUUGGGGCUGACAUUGUAUGAAUGCAGCUUCAAAAGGCAGCAGUGGGAACCCGCUAGAUAUAGAGUAUGUGAUAAUGCAAACAUAAUUAUAGACAAAUCCUCAGAGACCAUGGCCUGCUUUGGGUGUCACAUUCCUCAGGAAAUAAAAUAUUAACAACAUUAUAUCUUACUUUCAAAUUACUAAACCCCUGGUGGCAGAAACUGGGCAGAGACUGAGCGGAACCCAGUAACUUAUAAGGGGAGCAUCUUCUCCGUGGAGAAAGCAGUCAUAUGGACAUGUGCAGUUAAAAAAUUAAAAGUGAGUUUUAGUUAAAGGUGGUCCCUGGGCCUGAGAAGGUAGAGCUUUAGAUCAUAUGGUUUUGACAAUCUCAAACCGUCCAAGUGUCCCUGUUUUCCAGGGGCAGCCCCUGAUUUAGAGAAGCCGCCCUGGUUUCUUAUUUGAUACCGGAAUGUCUCUUUUCCUUUGGACGUCCCUAUUUUCAUCAGAGAUAUGUUAGAGGGUAUGGAGUUUUCCAAUCCCCUGAGCCAUCUGAAGGCAACCCUGUACAGUGGUACCUCGGGUUACAUACACUGCAGGUUACAGACUCCGCUAACCCACAAAUAGUGCUUCAGGUUAAGAACUUUGCUUCAGGAUGAGAACAGAAAUCGUGCUCUGGUGGCAUGGCAGCAGCAGGAGGCCCCAUUAGCUAAAGUGGUGCUUCAGGUUAAGAACAGUUUCAGGUUAAGAACAGACCUCCGGAACAAAUUAAGUUCUUAACCCGAGGUACCACUGUAUAGGGAAGUUUUAAAAAUGUUUUAUUAUGUUUUUAUAUAUGUUGGAAGUUGCCCAGAGUGCUUGGGGCAACCCAGUCAGAUGGGCAGGGUAUAAAAUAAUAAAAUUAUUAUUAUGGAAUGGGGUGUCCCUAUUUUCAUCGGAGAAAAGUUGGAGGGUAUGCAAUCUUCUCCCAUUUUUCAACUUCACUUUCCCACAAUUGCAAGUAAAAGUUGAGGGAGAAGUAGACGUGUAGAAAGAGGUGAUGUCAUGGAGAAAAACUGAAAGGGGAAAAGGAUCCGAGCAGAUGGAAAUAUGAAAAUCUAUAAAUGGAAACCUGCAGUUCCCUCUUCAGCACGCACACACACACACACACACACACACACAUACACACAAACAACUAUGGCCUGAAUCCUGAAUUGGCUCAAAUCCCUUUCAGAAUCUCUAUGCCAUUUUUACAAUAGCAAGAAGCAACUGAUAUUUUGGAGGGGUGCACUUUUCAUUUGAAACUAGUAAAAUGCCCAUGAUUAAGAUAGGAGGGGUGGUCUCAUGAAAGAAUGACAUUUAUAUUGGAGAGACACCUCAGGAAGUUGACACCAGUCAAGCUGCCAAACUUAAUUUCAUUUUCUAUCGCACAUGCGCACAAGCAGAACAUUAGGUGUGAUCUGCAUUUCUAGCUGCAGGAACAGCAGCUGGUUAUCAUCACCCACUAACUGUUUGUAUCAUGUGAUACAGAAGCCUAAUUAUGUUCACUUCUUCACUUGAUAAGCAACUCAAUAACAUCUGGACCCUAUCCAUUUUGUCGGCUUGCUUUUUGGCCAGAAUCACAGGCUGCCAUAAUUUUUUGCCAUCAUUUCUCUGUACAAACGCUUCAGUCGUUCAUCAUAUACACAAUAGUUCUCCCUCCUCACGUGUUUGGACCUUUUUUCGCUGAUCUGCUGCCAGUUGAACGAGACGGUUGUCUACUCCCCUGUUCCCACCAGCUAUAAAACUUGAGGGUGAGGCAUGAAAAAGAAAGCAGCUUAGCAGAAGCAGUGGGGAAAUUGGAAAGACCAGAGAAGAGGCCUAGGGAUGGGAAGAGAACUGCUGCUAAACUGUCUUCAUACACAGAGAUCUCGGCCUCUUGGUCUUCGUCUUUGAAAGAAAGAAGGCAACGCUUUGGUGAGGGGGUAACCCGUCCCUGGACUGUAUGAAUUGCAGGGUGCUCACAUGACUGAAUGGGUGAUAAUGUAGAGAGAAAUCCCUGCACGUAGAAAACAAGCAUGUCAGGGUUGCUACAUCCCUUCUCUUUAGCAUCUGGUUUUCUGUGUGUAAGGAAUUUUGUAUGGAGGAGCAUUCCAGUUGCAAGGGCCCCAAAUAUCAUACCCUCCAAUGUUUCUCCAAUAAAAAUAGGAAGGUCCUAAAGAAGGAGGAGGAGGAGGUUAUGGUGGUGGUAAAGGAUCCCUGGGUGGUUAAGUCCAGUCAAAGUCAACUAUGGGGUGCGGUGCUCAUCUCACUUCAGGCCAAGGGAGCUGGCAUUUGUCCACAAACAGCUUUCUGGGUCAUAUGGCCAGUAUGACUAAACCACCUAUGGCGCAACGGGACACUAUGACGGAAGCCAGAGUGCACGGAAAUGCCAUUUAUCUUCCUGCUGGAGUGGUACCUACUGUAUUUUUUGCUCUAUAAGACUCACUUUUUCCCUCCUAAAAAGUAAGGGGAAAUAUGUGUGCGUCUUAUGGAGCGAAUGCAGGCUGCGCAGCUAUCUCAGAAGCCAGAACAGCAAGAGGGAUUGCUGCUUUCACUGCGCAGCGAUCCCUCUUGCUGUUCUGGCUUCUGAGAUUCAGAAUAUUUUUUUCUUGUUUUCCUCCUCCAAAAACUAGGUGCGUCUUGUGGUCUGGUGCGUUUUAUAGAGCGAAAAAUACGGUAUUUAUCUACUUGCAUUGGUGUGCUUUCGAACUGCAAGGUUGCCAGGAGCUGGGACCGAACAAUGGGAGCUCACACCGUCAUGUGGAUUUGAACCACCAACCUUCCGAUCGACAAGCCCAAGAGGCUCAGUGGUUUAGGAUACAGUACCACCCAUUGUUGUUGUUGUUAUAUUUAUACCCCACACAUCUGACUCGGCAUCUUCUAACAUAUAUAAAAACAUAAUAAAACAUUAAAACUUCCCUAUACGGAGCUGCCUUCAGAUGACUUCUAAAGGUUGUAUAGUUACUUAUCUCCUUGGCUCGGGAGUCACAUAACCUCCAACACUUCUCUGAUGAAAAUAGGGCCAUCCUAAGGGAAAGAAGGACAUUCUGGGAUCAAAUCAGAAACUGGGAUGGCUUCUGUAAAUCCAAGUCUGUUCCUAGAAAGUAGGGGUACUUGGAUGGUCCAAAAUAGCAGCAUUAAGUGAUGGCAACCAGAAGGCAACACUGCUCUGUCAAGCAUUACACAGUGAAUGCUCGCUUGAACGGUGGGGCAGAAAAAGCCGCAGAGGCAGAUGAAGCAACGGUAAAUCAAAAACAUUUUCAGAAACUUUAACAUGCGGUUGAGACUUGUAUGAUUUUUCUUGCCUGUGUGUCCUUCCAGUCACCCCAUGGCAGGGGUGGGGAACAUUUUCCAGCCCAAAAGCCACCCUCCCUUCUGGGCAGCCUUCCAGGGGCAACGUGCUGAAGGCAAAAGAGGGUGGAGUGCUGAAUGCGAGUCUUAGCUCUGCACCCGGGGCGGCUACCUUCAUGCUCGCACAAGGCGCUCUCUAUCCUCCUUCAGCCAGGCAAGCACAAAGCAUGGGCAGAGUUAAUGGGCACAUUCCAGUCAGGCAAAAACGCCCAAGGAGGGCGCAUGGCUGGGACAGUGAAGACGUGUGACUCUGGCCACAUGUGACACCUAAGCAUGAAGUUAUCCUGCCCUGUGGGGUAGGGGGCAAUGUUGUGUAGUGGUGAGUUUAUAUUGUGGUUGGCAGUCGUAGAAUCAUAGAAUUGGAAGGGACCCGGGAGGCCUGGGCAGGCCGGGUCAUCCUCUUAUAUACCUGCUGGGAUUUACAAGGCAUCUGACCCUCACCUGAAUCUCAUAGCUCUCCUGUAGCUGCCUCUGAUUAGUUAUCAUUUAACUCUUUGUUCUUGUUUAGUCGUUUAGUCGUGUCUGCCUCUUCGUGACCCCAUGGACCAGAGCACGCCAGGCACUCCUGUCUUCCACUGCCUCCCGCAGUUUGGUCAAACUCAUGCUGGUAGCUUCGAGAACACUGUCCAACCAUCUCGUCCUCUGUCAUCCCCUUCUCCUUGUGCCCUCCAUCUUUCCCAACAUCAGGGUCUUUUCCAGGGAGUCUUCUCUUCUCAUGAGGUGGCCAAAGUAUUGGAGCCUCAGCUUCACGAUCUGUCCUUCCAGUGAGCACUCAGGGCUCAUUUCCUUCAGAAUGGAUAGGUUUGAUCUUCUUGCAGUCCAUGGGACUCUCAAGAGUCUCCUCCAGCACCAUAAAUCAAAAGCAUCAAUUCUUCGGCGAUCAGCCUUCUUUAUGGUCCAGGGGGAAAUAAUUAGCAUCACAUGUCAUGUGCAUGGAAGUUGAGAAUUCCGUUCCACCUUAAGGAACAGGCAUGUGGAAUUGCUGCAUGUCACAUGUCUGUUUACAUUCCAGCACAGGUUGCUGGGAACUUCUGUUUGUGUAUAGCUUUUGCUGUUCUCUCCGAGACAACAUGAGAGAGAGAGACGACAUGUUUCUUUGUUCUGAUUUAUGUUUAAUAAAUCUGUCGCUGUAGCAUGACUUACGUCUCAUGCCUACUUCUGUGUGCGCAGUACACUCUGCUAAUUGCGUGCCCUGGCUUUUGAAGUUCGGGUCGCUGAUUUGCAUCGGAGUAUAGGCCGAUGGAAGGAGACGUCCGAGCUGGGCUUGCCAGCUGGCCUCCCUGCCCCUCUGCAUGUUGACACCCCCUGCAAUACAGGAAUCUUAACUAAAGCAUCCAGGACAUCUAACCUCCGAGGAAGGAGAGCCCUCCACCCUCCAAGAGAGACCGUUCCACCAUUUAACAGCUAUUACAGUUCUUCCUGUUGUUUAGUCAGGUCUUGGCUUCCAGAGCAGGAGAAAAGAAGCUUGCUCCAUCCUCCAUGUGGCAGCCCUUUAGAUACUUGAAGAUGGAUUUCAUAUCUCCUCUCAGUCUCCUUUUUACCAGGCUUAACAUACCCAGCUCCCUCAGCCGUUCCUCAUAAGGCUUUGUUUCCAGACCCUUGAUCAUCUUGGUUGCCCUCCUCUGCACAUGUUCCAGCUUGUCAAUGUCCUUCUUUAAUUGUGGUGUCUAGUACUGGACAUAGUACUCCAGUAUGGUCUGACCAAGGCAGAAUAGAGUAGGACUAUUACUCUUCUUGAUCGGGGUACAAUACUUCUGUUGAUGCACCCUAGAAUAUCAUCCGUCUGUUAUAUCUGUUAUUAUUAUUGUUAUAACUGUCUCAGGAGAUAAUGGAGUGUGCCUCCGAGAGUGAAAUCAAAGCACUGCAUUAGCACCUCCCUGGGUUGCAAGCCUGGGCAGUGUGUAUGGAGCUCCUGGGCUGCCCAGAUAUCAAGACCCACCUCUCAGCUUCGCUGAUGUGAUCCAGAGGAAAGCAGAGCAAUACAUUUGGCACCAGCUUGGCUGUAGGAGUUGAUGGAAAGAGGUGUACAAGGCGUCAUCCAACUGUCUUAGGGACUCUACUCUAGAUUUGUGAAGGGUUUACUCCUUAGCCUUUUCUUCUCCUGAAGAUAUCCUGCAAGGCAGCGGAGGUUUAGGAUCAGAGUUUUAUUUUUCCUAGAUGGGCUACCUUCCCAGGUUGAUGAGCCCCAUCUGCCCCACCCUUCCCUCUACGCAUGCAGAAACCUUAUUCUAUGGUCUCGUCUGCUCUAUCCACUGGAGCCUGUCUUCGCUAGCAGGGGAAGCCCUUAACUCACCCAGGGUGUGAGACCCAUCAGCUUUCCUCACCUGGUUUAGCCAGCCAGUCAAAGUCAUUCCUGGGGUGUGGCCGCUGUCACAUGGUGACAGCUGACUGCAGGGCAGGGACCAAAGGUGGACAAACCAUCUCAUAAAGCAUAAAGCCAACUCCUAAGAGACUGCGAUCUACUCACAGAAUAAAAAACUGGCAGUGAUGUACCCCUUUUGGGGAGAUCGUGGAGGGCAGGGCGAGGGGGCGGGGCCUGAUUCUAUUUUACCACCACUGAGGAAAGGGAACCAGCAAUAGACUGUGAUCUACCAAAACCUCCCGGGGAUCUACCAGUAGAUUGCGAUCGACCUGUUGGACAUCCCUGUCAUAAAGGAUCACACACUCAAAGUACCAACACCCCAAUACACACCUGAUUUUAUAUUAGGUGUAGCCAGUGCUAUUUUUCUAGAAAAAUAGGUUCUGGAACUCACCAUGAAUACCUCCCUUGUUCUCUUAUAAUGCCAAUGGCGCCCACCUGAGAGGUGCCGGAACUGAGUUCCAGUGAGUUCCGGCUAGAAAAAGCCCUGGGUGUCGCAUAUAAAAGAGCAUUUUCAAUACACACAUCACUACAGACAUUAUAUAAACAUUAUGCUUGCCACUCGCAUGUAUGAGUUGCAGUUCUGUCAGGUAGCUAUAGAACUCGCAUCUAGCUACACGCUGGUGGGGGGUGGGUUGUGGGGGCAGUGAGGAGUUACCAGGCAGUUGCUAAUGGUCCCCUGUUUGUGUUUGCUUGCAGGCCCCGUAGUUCCCCGCAGUGGCCUGUCAGUAGCGCAGCACUUUGUUGGGAAGCUUCCCCAAGGAUUUUGAGCCUCUCACAUCCGCGAAGCCUGCCCUCAUCCUUCUCCUUUCCAAAAGAGGUAAUCGAUGAUGAUGCUGAACCAGAGAACACCAUCAACAAUGACAAUUUCAACAAGCGUUUCCAUACACAGGCUCUGCCUGUCCUGUGAAGUCUUCUGUGCUUCUCUCCGCACUACAAAGGAGGCCCCAGGGUUCUGCCACUGCUUGGGGGAAAGUUGCCCACCGCUUGCCCUCCUUGCUGCAGCUGAACUGUUUUCAAAGAGCUGAGCCCAGCAAGUGGGCUUGGUGUUUUUGGUUGCUCCCAUUCCUCUGAGUUUGUAAGACCAGCUUAAUCCAAACAGUCAGGAGCACUGACUUGGGCCCCAGCUGAUGGGUGGCCAACGGCGCCACGACAUAACGUGUCAUUGUGAUGUUGUGAUGUCACGUUAUGUCUGUGGCACCGCUGCAGCGCUUCGUUUAAAGGGGUGUAAAGUUUAAAGGGGGAUUUUUGUGUGCCUGUUUCCUUUCCUCACUCCGAUUGAUGGCAAAAUUAAAAGGGAGCCAGUGUGGUGUAGUGGUUAAGAGCGGUAGUCUUGUAAUCUGGUGAACUGGGUUCGCUUCCCCGCUCCUCCACACGCAGCUGCUGGGUGACCUUGGGCCAGUUACACUUCUUUGAAGUCUCUCAGCCCCACUCACCUCACAGAGUGUUUGUUGUGGGGGAGGAAGGGAAAGGAGAAUGUUAGCCGCUUUGAGACUCCUUAAAGGGAGUGAAAGGUGGGAUAUCAAAUCCAAACUCUUCCAAGGCCUUGCAAGACCUCCGACGCAACUUUCAGUUUAUACCGGAAGUCGCGUUCAGAGGCCUGGCAUGUCCUGAAUGUUGCCGAGGAGGUUGUGUCAGGACUCUGACAUGACUUCCGGUCAAAUCCGGAAGUCGUGUCGGAGCCCCACAGUGUGGGCGCCCUGGCACCCAGGGCCCCCUAGAGUUGGUGCCUCUGCGAACAGUGAACUAUAACCAACCAGCUACAAAAAAGAAUAAAUCACUUCUGGUUUGGGGCUACAUGCCCUCUGAUAAAGUGGUCCAGGAUAAUGGGAAGCCUCUGUUGUUAGGUAAUGUGGAAAUAUGGAGGCUGAUGUUGGCUGAACUUUCAGCCCAUGCAAGAGGAAUGAAGGAGGAGGAGACUGAAAAUGGUGGCAGUCUUGAGUGCUGUUGCCUGGGGAAUCUAAUUUUGCCAGAAGCCUCUUAACUCUGUCUUGGAUUCAGUUUCCUCCAGAUGACAAGGUCUAGCUGAGUCGGGAACUUUUAACUUUCAUUGUUAUGGGGGCUUUCCAUCCCUGACCUUUUUUUUAAUUAUUAUUUUAAGCAAGCCUCUUUGUGAUGUGGACAGGCAUUGUGAUUUUUUAAUGUGGAAAAUAAUGUUCUUAGAAGUAUUGUCUGGAACCACCAUUCUAGGGACCCCUCCAGAUGUCCCGUUAUUUUAUUGUACAUUCAUGACCAUUUUUGCUCAUGGCAAUCUUGCUUACAAUCCUAUUAGGGCCUGUAACCCUUUUGUGGCUGUCAUACGUCUUCAUGUCCCGUCAGCGCAUAUCCUGUCACUUCCAGCUGAAACCUCUUAACUUUACCCAGUGCUUUUUUUCUUUAAAAAAUGUUUAGGGGUACUCUCAUUUUCCUACUCAUAUUGAAAUACUGCCCCUCAAUGAGACUAAACUUAGAUUCACAAAAUGUUUAGGGAUAUGCAUACCCCUGUGUACCCCCAGAAAAAAGCACUGACUUUACCACAAAUGUCCUCUGUUUAUUUUUGUCCCCCUUAUGUUGUGCUGUAGCAUCUGCAGACAGCAAUAAAGUGGUUGCGCUGGGGAAGUAUCACAGAACAAACUAAUGCAGAAUAAGUCCACAACUAGCACACUAUUAGGGACGUGGGUAGCGUUGUGGGUUAAACCACAGAGCCUAGGACUUGCCAAUCAGAAGGUCGGCGGUUCGGAUCCCCAUGACGGGAUGAGCUCCCGUUGCUCGGUCCCUGCUCCUGCCAACCUAGCAGUUCAAAAGCAUGUCAAAGUGCAAGUAGAUAAAUAGGUACCGCUCCGGCGGGAAGGUAAACGGCGUUUCUGUGCGCUGCUCUGGUUUGCCAGAAGCGGCUUAGUCAUGCUGGCCACAUGACCCGGAAACUGCACUCCGGCUUCCUCAACCAAUAAAGCGAGAUGAGCGCCACAACCCCAGAGUUGGCCACGACUGGACCUUAUGGUCAGGGGUCCCUUUUACUUUACCUUUUAGCACACUAUUAUUGUGCCCCCCCCCAAAAAAAAGUCACAGAAGACACUCACAAUAGAACACCAGUAUGCAGAGGUGCCAGAUUGAACGAAAUAUUGCAGGGGCCCAGGUAAGCCCCGUUCCCAUAAUCAGUCACAUGACACGAUGCACGCACACCAUUUGAAUGGCAAUGCCCAUCAACUUUGUGGUGCCCGGCCCUUUCAGAUGUUUUAUUGCGGGUGCCAAAGCUCCCACGGCCCCUAGGAGUUUGCUCCUAUGCCAGUAUAGUAUGGCCUUUAUUCCAUAUCCAGCAAGCUGAUUGCAGAACUGAAAGGAUUCAGGGCCUUUCUAUGUAAGCAGCACGCAUCCAAACACCUCCUUUCAUUCUGCGACUCAUCCUUCUUUCCUCUUCCUUUCUUGAUGCAACGCACUCCCACUCUGUUCAGCUAAAAUGGGUGGCCAGCCUUCCUGUUACGUAAGAUUUCUUAUGCCGGGGUGACAUUACGCAGCCACACAUAGACUAUUCCUUUUAGUAAUGCGUAAAAUGGGAUUUAAAAAUACUACAGAGCGGACUGCCAAGGCUCUUCCCUUUUUUGCAGACGUGGGCGGAAGCAGCUCUCGGUUAUAGCGGUUUCCACCCAUAAAGGGCAAGGAAGCUGAAGAGAAUGUGGAAGAAGCCAUUUUCUCAAUAUGUGUUUUUGUGUAUGUGUACGUAAAAGGGACAGUUUCUGACGCACAAACCUGUUCCCAGCCAGCUAUUGCCUCUUCCACAACAGGGAACAACAAGCCAUCUCCUAUUGACACUUCCUUUGCACAUCCCCCCCCCGCCCCAUGGCUGGGCAAGGUAGGCCCCUGAGGUACAAGCCAACUGUCAAAAUGGCUUCUCUCCCUCUCCUCGCAUGUUGUGAGGCUGAAUAUGCCAGCCCUUAUUUCAAACGGGUGGACAGACGUCCCGACUCUCUCUUGCCCCAUGCGGGGAAGAAACAGGCUAAGAAGGCACAUUGGUUGGCGCAGCCUCCAUGUGGCUUUAACAGCCCCCCCCCAAUAAAAAUAAAAGGCUAGUCAUGAAGCAAUCAAAAGACACCCCUGAAUCCAAAUUACAUGUGCAAAGAGGAAGAGGAAUAUCUGGACUGGAUCAUAGUGGGGCUAAAAGGGUAAAAGCCCUGAUCCAAAUUGGGCUCCCCAUGUGAUUUUUUAAAAAAACUGCACUUUAAAGGCACACCUGCAUAACAACAAUGGAGCGCUGUCCUGAGCUGUCAGGGGUACUCCCCAUCAAAGGAAGGUACCCAGAAGAUAGGUAAAGGUAAAGGUACCCCUGCCCGUACGGGCCAGUCGUGUCCGACUCUAGGGUUGUGCGCUCAUCUCACUCUAGAGGCCGGGAGCCAGCGCUGUCCGAAGACACUUCCAGGUCACGUGGCCAGCGUGACGAAGCUGCUCUGGCGAGCCAGCACCAGCGCAGCGCACAGAAACGCCGUUUACCUUCCCGCUAUAAAGCGGUACCUAUUUAUCUACUUGCACUUAGGUGUGCUUUCGAACAUCUAGGUGGGCAGGAGCUGGGACCGAACGACGGGAGCUCACCCCGCCGCGGGGAUUCGAACCGCCGACCAUACGAUCGGCAAGUCCUAGGCACUGAGGUUUUACCCACAGCGCCACCAAGAUAGUUAACACUUUAUUGUCAAAGAUAACACACCCAAGCUAGCAUCUAGGCAGCUUUCCCAGGUCCACACUUUAUGGAGCAGUUGCAGCAACAGGGGAGCACUCGCCCUUUACCAAUUUAUGUACCUUCCCCCGAUGGGCUGUCAACACGCAGCCAGAGACUGUGCCUGCAUGGCAACUUCCUCUGCUCUUCCCUUUUCAGCCCCCUCCUGGUUCUGGGAGACAGUGGUGCAGGAGAGGGUGGGGAAGCACCUGGCCCUUCACUUGCCUGAUCUGCCUCUUCCUCUGACCCAUCCUGUGCUCCACCCUCCAGCUCUGAAGCUUCCCGUGCCUCUUGACUCUUGCCUCCUGGCUGAUACAGUUCCCCGCAGAUCACUGACCCCCUCUCCCAAAUCAGACUCCAGCUCCACUUCUCCCGGCGCACAUUCGACCGUGUUCGGCAAGCCCCUGACCUGAGAAGUUGUUUGUGCAUUACGGUGUAUGAAAUAAUGUGUUUGAGGUCGUUACGGAAAAAUCUAGGUGCGAGGCUGCUGAGUCACCCAGCUCGUCGGGCAGAGCCCGCGGGUCGCUGCGGAAUAAAGGAAGGAUUCCAGCCAACCGGAGCAAAUAGCUGUAGACCAAAGUUUAUUGCGCAAUAGGUUCAAAGAGCAAAUUUGAACCCCGAGGAUGGGGCGACAAAGACUUUUAAAACUUUCCCACCAUAUCCCAGAAUACAGUUCGUACAGCAUCAUUGCUACAUCACUGACAUGUCACAAAAGGGGAAGGGUUAACCUUGGCAAACAGGUCCAGACAAGUCCUUGUUACGAGAUUAGCAUAAGCAGACAUGGCAGGGCAAGACUCAGGUAUAAGAUUAGCAUAGACAAAUAUGUCUUAAGUACCUACCACCCAAAAGUACAAUAGAAGUUCCUUUGCAUGUCUGGAGCCUGAGGCAAGUCAGGUGAUGAGAUUUGGCUUCCCUUGGCUAACAAUGAGCCCAGCAAUUGUCACCUCUGGGAACUUCCUGGAGUCCUUUUUCAAGGGGAAAAUAGCUUUGGAAUGGAGGAAACUGGGAAAGGAGAUGAUUUUAUAUUAUUUUUAAAGCUAGGUAACUUCCCUGAGCUGUCAAGUUGAAAGGAUACAUUUAGGCAUAAUAUUUGUAAUAUUUAAUUUAAAGAUGUGGCCCCCCCGGUAAUUUCCGUAACAGAGGUGUUAUGUCUUUGCUCUUGUUUGUAACAUCUGUUUUAAAAUUAAAAGACUCCUGUUUUCUGCUUUGUUUGCUCUGUGUAGCCUGAAACGCGUGUUAGCAGGUCUGCAAUGCAUGCUUCGGCAUCCGCAAGAAUCAUAAACAUUUCCCGACCGGUACAGAAGAGAGAAACCUUGUGCUAUGACAGCAGAUACAAAGAGGCUCCGAUCCGACACGUAAUUCUGUUACUUUGGUUCUUUGGGAUUUGAACUUCAGCCCCUGCCUUGUUUUUCAGGAUUGCUUUUGGGAGAAGGGGAGGGCGGGGCGGGGAGGAGUAAAGGCACCCUAAAUCUUUGAUGAAGCACCUGUAUAUUCUCCUAGUUUUGUUAGGAAUAUACAGUGGUACUUUGGUUCUCAAACUUAGUCUGUUCCGGAAGUCCGGCCCAAAAACAAAGCUUUCCAAAACCAAGGCAUGCUUUCGCAUAGAAAGUAAUGCAAAACGGAUUAAUCCGUUCCAGACUUUUAAAAACAUCCCCUAGAACAGAAAUUAAACAUGAAUUUUAUUGUCCAACGAGACCAUUGAUCCAUAAAAUGAAAGCAAUAAACAAUGUACUGCAAUCACACAAUCAAUCAAUCGGUAGCUGAACGGGGUUCCACCAAGUCACAAAAACAAAACAAAAAGAGCCGCAAAAACAAAAACGCAAAAUAAAUAGCAAAAACAGACAGACCUCGGCGUAACACUCAAAACGGAAGUGUAACUCUCAAAAUGGAGCAUGUUCAGCUUCCAAAAAAAGUUUGCAAACCGAAACACUUCCGGGUUUGCAGUGUUUGGGUUCCAAGUUGUUUGAGUACCAAGGUGUUUGAGAACCAAGGGACCACUGUACUGAAUAUAAUCAGUUGUGUGCUGUUCAGCAACAAACGCUCCUCCUUUGUUCCACAGGUGACCCGGGCUGCCUUGAAUGCGGUGGCAAGUCCGAGGAUAAUAGAGCUUGCGAGAGCGAAAGCGCUGGCUCCGGGGAGUGCCCCUGACCGUCCCCCUGAGUGGCCUGUCUCAGCAGCGGCAAAACAUGCUGUGGCUUCGCCUAGACUUGGUGAACUUGCUCAGCCUGUCGCAAGGUGGGACUUCCUGGGAUGACUCGAUGAAUAUGUUUUGCUUGCGCUCAGUCUGGUUGAUUCUCAGAUUUGAGGCGGCGGGGUGGGGUGGGGGUCAGGAUAGAAGGGAUCUGUUACCAUCUUCUUCUGAGGUGCAUAGCUUCACCCAGAAACUCCAGUGGGUGCAGAAUGCCGCGGCGAGACUCCUUACGGGGUCCCCGCCGCAGGAUCACAUUUACCCAGUGCUUUUCCAGCUGCACUGGCUCCUGGUGGAGUACAGGAUCAGGUUUAAGGUGCUGGUUUUAACCUUUAAAGCCCUAUACGGCCAAGGACCCUGGUACCUACGGGACCGCCUCUUCUGGUAUGCCCCACGGAGGACCUUAUGGUCUGCAAAUAACAACACCCUGAAGAUCCCAGGCCCCAAGGAAAUUAGACUGGCCUUGACCAGAGCCAGGGCCUUUUCGGCUCUGUCCCUACCCCCACCUCCCACAAAAGCCAGGGAUAGCCACUAAGGCAGAAGCUAAAACAGCUAGAGGGAGCCCUUCUCCUGCCAACCUAGCAGUUCGAAAGCACACCAAAAAGUGCAAGUAGAUAAAUAGGUACCACUCUGGCGGGAAGGUAAACGGCGUUUCCGUGCGCUGCUCUGGUUCGCCAGAAGCGGCUUAGUCAUGCUGGCCACAUGACCCGGAAGCUGUACGCCAGCUCCCUUGGCCAAUAAAGCGAGAUGAGCGCCACAACCCCAGAGUCUGUCAUGACUGGACCUAAUGGUCAGGGGUCCAUUUACCUUUACCUAUCCCCGCCCAGCAGGUAUAACAGGGUGGGAUUGUUCUGUUACUACUUCAGAUCCAUUUUGUAUCGCAGAUCACUGUUUAGACUGACGACUACCUUCCCCCCGCAGGGCUGCGACCCAAAUUGUCCAGUUUAACCCAGAAGCCUUUGUGGUGAAGGAGACUGCUAAGAAGGCAUACUGCUCAGAAAGGGUCAAGGAGCUAGCGAAGCCAACCCAGCGCUGA